UUUCCAUUGGAUGCUUCUGUAUUUUUCCGCCGAUGGUGAUAGCAUACAGAAUAUCAGCCACGCUUGCCACUGAAAUACAACUACUCCAAUUUAGCUAUCUAACCAGACGGCAGUGGCAGAAAACAGUCGUCUCGUUCAGAGAGAGAGAGAGAGAUGAGAGAGAGAGAGAGAGAGAGAGAGAGAGAGAGAGCUGUGAAAUGGGCAUAUAAACCUGUAUCAAGCAUAUUAUCUAAGUUGACAUUUAAAUACAUCGGAAUGGCUUGUAAUCCAUUACCAAAAAUCCAACCCACUAUACAGUAAUUUAAUAUCAUAAUUUGACCGUAAUUUGGGAAAAACCUCGAGCCUGUGAAGAUGGGAUUCCUCCACCAGCUACAUCUUCUGUUGUGGAAGAAUGUGGCUUUGAAGAGAAGAGGACCGUGGGUGUUGGCCUUUGAGAUCUUCAUCCCCCUGGUCCUCUUCUUCAUCCUGCUGGGCCUGCGACAGAAGAAACCUGCCAUCCCCGUCAAGGAAGCCUUCUACAGCGCAUCACCCCUCACCUCAGCAGGCAUCAUCCCCAUCAUGCAGUCUCUGUGUCCCGACGGCCAGAGGGACGAGUUUGGCUUCCUGCAGUACAAGAACUCAACUGUGACCCAGUUGUUGGAACGGAUCAGUGAGGUGGUGUUACAGAACCACCUGUUCACAGCAGACAGGCCAGGACUGGGCCAGGAGCUGGAGUACCUGGAGAGCCUCAGCACAUCCACUGGGCCCUCCCCACUGGACAACGGCUUCAACACCAGCCAAGGGUUCACCUUGGCCAGUGUGUUGAAGAACCAGUCAGUGUUCCAUCAGUUCCUGGUCAGGAAUCUGUCUCUCCCCAAUAACACUGCCAGCCUACUGCUCUCCACUCCUGUCAACCUCAAAGAGGUCUACAACAUGAUAUUUGGCCUGUACCCCAGAGCUGGAAGGGGGAGUAGUCACGGUUCUGGAGGGGCAAAAGAGACCGCACAAACCCCUGCAGAGAAGAUCCUUCAACUGGAGGAGAAGCUACUGGGAGCCAUGCACAGGCUGGAUGGAGGACUGAUCCACAAAGCUUUACAAGACCCAACCAACACAGCCCAUCGACAGGGUCUGCUCAAACUCAUGUCCCAGGCGUUAGGCCUAGCAGGAGGAGAGGCAGGCCAGAGAUACGACCCCCAGGGACUGAAGGAGGUGGAGGGUGUUCUUCUGACUGGUGCCAUGUUGGAAAUGCUUACUUGUGUGGAGGAUGGGACAAGUGAGCUGAGCAAGAUCCUAUUGGUUCCUGAGAAGCAGCAGUACCUGCUCCAGGCCUAUCGCAACGCAGUGUGUGGUGGCGGGGAGGGACAGAGGACUGAGCGCUUUGGAGAUUUAAGCCAGGAGCUGAGAGAACAGAUAGACACACAGAGCCUCAUUGACAAGCUGUGUCAGGAGAAGGCCAACUCCUCGGCUCCUCUGUCCCAGUCCCACCUGGGUGCUCUGCUGAAGGACCUGGCAGACGUGGAGAGGCUCGUCAGAGACGUAGACCUGCUGUCAGGCCUGGCUCGCCUGCUCCCUAAGGGGGCCUGUGCUGGGGGUCAUACGGUCCCUGGGGCCCCCGCCAACACUACCACCUCCUGGGCCCUCAACACCACUACCUGGGGGCCCAACACCACCGAGACCCCCGGGGAGGAGGGAGGAGAGGAGGAGGGUGGAGGACGAGAGAAAGAGAAAGGGAAAGAAGAAGAGAAUCCUCAUUCCCAGUUUUCUGCAUUUGUACAGCUGUGGGCAGGGCUGCAGCCUAUUCUGUGUGGGAAUGACAGGAUCAUUGAGCCUGAGGCUUUAAAGCAGGGGAAUAUGAGCUCUCUGGGUUUCACCAGUAAAGAGCAGCGCAAUCUGGGUUUACUAGUGCAUCUGAUGACUACAAAUCCCAAGAUCCUCUACUCUCCCGUCGGCUCACAGGUGGACAAAGUCAUUCAGAAGGCCAAUGAGACGUUUGCAUUUGUGGGGAACGUGACUCACUACGCCCGGGUGUGGCUCAACAUCUCUGCCCAGCUCAGGACCUACCUGGAGGAGGGCAAGCUGCACCACCACCUGGCCUGGCUACAGCAGUUGACCUCUGACCUGCGUGGUCACCCAGAGCUGCUGAACGGGACGGACAGUGACCUGCUGCAUGGGCUACUGGAGGGCAACUACACCCUGUCCAACACCUCCACCCUGCUGGAGCAGCUGGACACCAUCGACAACGCAGCCUGCGGCUGGACACACUUCAUGUCCAAGGUCAGCGUGGAUAUCUUCAAGGGUUUCCCUGAUGAAGACAGCAUCGUCAACUAUACUCUGAACCAAGCCUACCAUGAUAACAUCUCAGUGUUUGCCAGUGUGAUAUUCCAGACCAACAGAGAUGGCUCCCUGCCUCCUCAUGUCCUCUAUAAGAUCAGACAGAACUCCAGCUUCACAGAGAAAACCAACGAGAUCCGCCGGGCCUACUGGCGCCCGGGGCCAAAUACAGGGGGAAAGUUCUACUUUCUCUACGGCUUUGUGUGGAUCCAGGACAUGAUGGAGAGAGCCAUCAUUAACACGUUUGUGGGCCAUGACGUGGUGGAGCCUGGGAACUAUGUUCAGAUGUUCCCCUACCCCUGCUACACCAGAGACGACUUCCUGUUUGUGAUUGAGCACAUGAUGCCUCUGUGCAUGGUGAUCUCCUGGGUGUACUCUGUAGCCAUGAUGAUCCAACACAUCGUGGCUGAGAAGGAGCACCGGCUCAAAGAGGUGAUGAAGAUGAUGGGACUGAACAACGCGGUCCACUGGGUGGCCUGGUUCAUCACUGGCUUCGUCCAGCUGUCCAUCUCCGUGACCGCCCUGACGGCCAUCUUGAAGUAUGGCAGAGUGCUCCUCCACAGCGACAUCUUCAUAAUCUGGCUCUUCCUCUCCAUCUACGCCAUUGCAACCAUCAUGUUCUGUUUCCUGGUGUCAGUGAUAUACUCCAAAGCCAAGCUGGCGUCUGCCUGUGGUGGGAUCAUCUACUUCCUUAGCUACGUCCCCUACAUGUACGUGGCCAUCAGGGAGGAGGUGGCCCAUGACAAGAUCACCGCCUUUGAGAAGUGCAUCGCUUCUCUGAUGUCGACCACAGCGUUCGGCCUGGGCUCUAGGUAUUUUGCCCUGUACGAGGUGUCAGGAGUUGGUAUCCAGUGGCGCACCAUCAACCAGUCGCCUGUAGAGGGUGAUGACUUCAACCUUGGUCUGUCCAUGAUGAUGCUCAUCAUCGAUGCCAUUGUGUAUGGAGUACUCACCUGGUACAUAGAGGCUGUGCAUCCAGGGAUGUAUGGGCUGCCUCGGCCGUGGUACUUCCCCCUGCAGAAGUCCUAUUGGCUGGGCAGUGGGCGUGUGGAGACGUGGGAUUGGCCUUGGGGAGGAGCAGCCAGGCUGAGUGUCAUGGAAGAGGACCAGGCGUGUGCCAUGGAACACCGGCGAUCUGAGGAGAUGCGUGGUAUGGAAGAGGAGCCCAGCCACCUGCCCCUGGUGGUGUGUAUAGACAAGCUGACCAAGAUCUACAAGACGGGCAAUAAGCUGGCCCUCAACAAGCUAAGCCUCAACCUCCACGAGAACCAGGUGGUGUCCUUCCUGGGCCAUAACGGAGCCGGCAAGACAACCACCAUGUCUAUUCUGACAGGUCUGUUCCCGCCCACCUCGGGCUCAGCCACCAUCUACGGUCAUGACAUCCGUACUGACAUGGAGCGUAUCAGGCAGAACCUGGGUAUGUGUCCCCAGCACAACGUGCUCUUUGACAAGCUCAGUGUGGAGGAGCACCUGUGGUUCUACUCUAAACUCAAAGGCAUGGCCGAGGAAGACAUCCGCAAGGAGAUGGACAAGAUGAUCGAGGAUCUGGAGCUGAGUAAUAAACGGCACAGCCUGGUCCAGACUCUGUCUGGAGGAAUGAAGCGGAAACUGUCUGUAGCCAUAGCGUUUGUGGGCGGCUCCCGGGCAGUCAUCCUGGAUGAGCCGACGGCAGGGGUAGAUCCUUACGCACGCAGAGCCAUCUGGGACCUCAUCCUCAAGUACAAACAGGGCCGUACCAUCCUGCUGUCCACCCACCACAUGGAUGAGGCUGACCUGCUUGGAGACCGCAUAGCUAUCAUCUCCCAUGGAAAACUCAAGUGCUGUGGCUCACCACUCUUUCUCAAGAGCACCUACGGAGACGGCUACAAACUCACCCUGGUCAAGAAACAGAGUGAGAGUGGCGACCAGGUCACCCAGCCCCAGCCUCCCUUCUCCCUGUCCCCCUCCUCCUCCCUGUCCCCCUCCUCCUCCUCCCUGUCUCCCUGCUCAGAGGCCCGGGUCACCAAGUUCAUCCGUCAGUUUGUGGGGUCCUGUCUGCUGGUGUCUGACUCCAACACUGAGCUGUCCUACGUGCUGCCCUCGGAGGCUGUCAAGAAGGGCUGUUUCGAGCGGCUCUUUCAGGCGUUAGAGCAGAGUCUGGACCUUCUGGCUCUGACCAGCUUUGGGGUGAUGGACACCACUCUGGAGGAGGUCUUCCUCAAGGUGUCAGAGGAGGACCAGUCCCUGGAGAACAGUGAUGCAGACAUGAAGGAUUCCCCAGGCGGUAGCUCAGUGGCAAUGCCUGCUGCUGCGGUGGUGGGUCUGGGGGCCCCUGGAGGGCCGCAGGGUGAAGGCCCGGGGCCUGGGGCUCCUGCAGGAGGCAGCAGCAGUGUGCUGAGGCCAGAGGUAGAGCUCAGUAAUCUGGUAAACUGCUCCAGGCUCAGCCAGAGUCAAUCGUCCCUGCGCUCCUCCUCAUCCUUGGGGUCCGUACGGGGGGACGAGGGGGGGCUCUACACAGACUUCUACGGAGACUACUGUCCCCUCUUUGACAACCGACAAGACCCUGACUCUACCAGCCUGACGGCGGAAUGGGACGAGGCCUCUGGCCCUGAGCAGCCUGUGGUUCUGGAGGGCCAGGGCAGCUUCAAGCUUGAGGGUUGGUGGCUGAAGCUACGUCAGUUCCACGGCCUCAUCGUCAAGAGGUUCCACUGUGCCAAGAGGAACACCAAGGGUCUCUUCUCUCAGAUCCUGCUGCCUGCAUUCUUCGUCUGUGUGGCCAUGACCGUGGCCCUGUCGGUGCCUUCCAUCGGAGACCUGCCACCAUUGGUCUUGUCUCCAUCCCAGUACCACAACUACACCCAGCCUCGUGGCAACUUCAUCCCCUACGCCAACGAAGACCGCCCACAGUACAGCAGUAAACUGUCCCCAGACGCCAGCCCCCAGAAGAUCGCCAACACACUGCGUCUGCCAUCGGGAGUGGGUGCCACCUGCGUCCUCAAAACGCCCUUCAACAGUACCCUGGACCAGCUGGCACAGACGCUCAACCCCAGCGCCAACAACUCCAAGACCCUGGCUGCCCGCUACUUUGACUCCAUGUGUCUGGAUUCCUUCACCCAGGGAGUGCCCCUGUCCAACUUCGUACCCCGUCCCCCCUCGCCAGCCCCCUCAGAUGACCCCGACCCUCGUUUUGAGGAUAGACAGUGGAACUUCACUGCUGCCACUCUUACCACUGUCCGGGAAACAGUGACCUCUCCCCCAACCUUGCCGCGGUCCAUCCGCGAGCCGGUUCGUUGUAUCUGCUCCAUGCAGGGGACAGGCUUCUCCUGCCCCAGUGGGGUGGGAGGGCGGCCACCCCUCAUGAAGGUGGUCACCGGGGACAUUCUGGUGGACAUCACCGGGCGCAACGUGUCAGAGUACCUCCUCUACACCUCCGACAGACUGCGUCUGCACAGAUAUGGAGGACUCACAGUAGGCAACGUACAGAAAUCAGUCCCAGCAUCCUUUGGGGAAAAUAAUCCACCCAUGGUUCGCAAAAUAGCCGUGCGCAGAUCAGCUCAGGUGCUGUACAAUAAUAAAGGGUACCACAGCAUGCCAACCUAUCUCAACGUCCUCAACAACGCCAUCCUGCGUGCCAACCUGCCUCCAGGCAAGGGCAACCCUGCUGCAUACGGAAUCACCCUGACCAAUCACCCCAUGAACCGCACCAGUGCAAGCCUCUCUCUGGACUACCUGCUCCAGGGCACUGAUGUGGUGAUAGCCAUCUUCAUCAUCGUGGCCAUGUCCUUUGUACCAGCCAGCUUUGUGGUCUUCCUGGUGGCAGAAAAGUCGACCAAGGCCAAGCACCUGCAGUUUGUCUCUGGAUGUGACCCAGUCAUCUACUGGCUGGCUAACUACAUUUGGGACAUGUUGAACUACCUGGUGCCAGCCACGUGCUGUGUCCUUAUCCUGUUUGUCUUUGACCUUCCUGCGUACACAUCCCCAACCAACUUCCCCGCGGUCCUCUCUCUCUUCCUCCUCUAUGGGUGGUCUAUCACUCCUAUUAUGUACCCUGCCUCCUUCUGGUUUGAAGUGCCCAGCACGGCCUAUGUGUUCCUCAUUGUCAUCAACCUCUUCAUAGGCAUCACUGCCACUGUAGCUACCUUCCUGCUGCAGCUCUUUGAGCAUGACAAGGAUCUGAAACUGGUGAACAGCUACCUAAAGUCAUGUUUCCUUAUCUUCCCAAACUACAACCUGGGUCAUGGCCUGAUGGAAAUGGCCUACAACGAAUACAUCAAUGAGUACUAUGCUAAAAUAGGUCAGUUUGACAAGAUCAAGUCUCCAUUUGAGUGGGACAUUGUGACUCGAGGGCUGGUCGCCAUGACAAUCGAGGGCUUUGUAGGCUUCUUCAUAACCAUCCUGUGCCAGUACAACUUCCUCAGGAAACCCUCGAGAGUACCAGUCAGUAGCCAGCCCAUAGAGGACGAUGAUGUGGAUGUGGCCUGUGAGAGAAGGAGAGUACUGAGAGGAGAUGCUGACAACGACAUGCUGAAGAUUGACAACCUCACCAAGGUGUACAAAUCGAGGAAGAUGGGGCGUAUCUUGGCUGUGGAUCGGCUGUGUUUGGGCGUGCGUCCUGGGGAGUGUUUUGGGCUUCUGGGUGUGAACGGAGCAGGGAAGACCACCACCUUCAAGAUGCUGACUGGAGACGAGAGCACCACGGGAGGAGAGGCCUUCAUAGGGGGGAGCAGUAUCCUGAGGGAGCUGUUGAGGGUGCAGCAGAGCAUUGGCUACUGUCCUCAGUUUGACGCCCUGUUUGAAGACCUGACAGCCAGAGAGCACCUGGAGCUGUACACACGCCUCCGAGGCAUCCCCUGGAAGGAUGAGGAAAGGGUGGUCUCCUGGGCCCUGGAGAAACUGGAGCUGUCCAAGUAUGCAGACAAGCCCGCAGGCACCUACAGUGGGGGAAACAAGCGCAAGCUGUCCACUGCCAUCGCCCUCAUUGGAUACCCCUCUCUUGUCUUCCUGGAUGAACCCACUACAGGGAUGGAUCCAAAGGCCCGCAGAUUCCUCUGGAACCUCAUCCUUGACAUCCUCAAGACGGGACGCUCUGUGGUGCUGACAUCACACAGUAUGGAGGAGUGUGAGGCUCUGUGCACUAGACUGGGCAUCAUGGUCAACGGCAGGUUCAAAUGCCUGGGUAGCAUCCAGCACCUCAAGAACAGGUUUGGCGAUGGUUACAUGAUCACAGUUCGGACCAAGACCAGUUCCAGUGUGAAGGAGGUGGUGAGAUUCUUCAACAGGAAUUUCCCUGAGGCUGUACUAAAGGAGAGUCACCACACUAAGGUCCAGUUCCAGCUGAAGUCAGAGAGGAUCUCCCUGGCCCAGGUGUUCAGUAAGAUGGAGCAGGUGGUGGAGGUGCUGGGGAUAGAAGACUACUCUGUCAGCCAGACCACACUGGACAACGUAUUUGUGAACUUUGCCAAGAAGCAGAGUGACAACCUGGACCAGCAGGAGAGUUCCCCCCCUGGUGGAGGCCAGUCGCCACUGCAGCGCCUGCUAACCCUGCUCAGGCCCCGGCUGGCCAACACGGAGCUCGAAGCCCUGGUCAGCGAAGAACCGGAGGAACUAGAGAGUGAUGACGAUGAGGGCCUCAUCAGCUUCGAGGAGGAGAGGGUGCAGCUCUCCUUUAACACAGAUACUCUCUGUUGAACUGUGGAAACUCAGAGAGCGGUCGUGCCUGGACAGAUAAAGUGGGAGGAGGAACCUCAGAGAGGGGGCGUGAUUGGACAGACAAACUGGGAGGAGGAAAUUCAUAGGGGACAUGUCUAUAGACAAAUAUGGGAUGAGGAAAUAACAUGAACUAGUCAGACAGAGGAAGAGAAUGUACCUGUUCAUUUUUGGAUGGGAAGACAACCGUCUCUAUCUACCCAAGGGAAAGUAAGAGAAGUGUUAUUUUUAUCCUCAAACACCUAACAGUGACAGAGAGUGAGGCAUGGGAUUCAGAGAAGGAGUGGGACAGAGAAGGGAAGGGCAGAGAAGUGAAGUCAGCCUCUCAAAGCUGUCACAGAGUCGUCAUAGACAUUCCCUGUCAUAAUGGGAAACAUACUGCUACAGUGAGAACAUUUUAAUGGAGAUAUGUUGUUAUAGGAAUGUCUAUAUGUAUUUAUUUUUGAGAAUGUAUUGAUAGAUGGGAACACUGAAAACCAAUGUGGUCUGUCUAGUAAGGACUAAAAUCAAAAGGCUUGAUUUCGUAUUAAAUUUGUCUUCGCUAGUAGGUUGGCUUCAUUCAUUGAUGAUGAUGUCAGAAAAUAACAUAUCAUUGCUUCUGAUAUGACCACCUUACUGAGUUUAAUCUUUUAUCAGUUGUUUGACGCAGUGAAUUAGUGGUUCGUCAUUGUUCAAAUGUGUUCCGUCCCUGCCAAAGUACACGGUUGAAUUCGAAAUGCCACCCUAUUCCCUAUAUAGUGCACUACUUUUGACCAGGGCCCCAUAAGGCUCUGUUCAAAAGUAGU